AUGGUAAAAAAAACCAUGAAAAACACCGUUGGUGAAGCUACAAAAUACAUAUCUAGAGCCAAAUCCAUAAAAAAGCUAUAAAUAUCAUUGAAAGACUUCCGUCGUCUAUGUAUAUUGAAAGGUGUAUAUCCCCGUGAGCCUCCAAAAAAAUUAUUUAAGACUGGAAAGACCUAUUAUCACAAGAAAGAUAUAAACUAUAUAAUGCAUGAGAAGAUAUUAUAGAAGUUCCGUGAAUAAAAGGCAUGGGCAAAGAAAUUAUAGAAAUUAAAAGCUAGAAAAGAUGAAAUGAGAGUAAAGAAAUUGUUAAAAGACAAACCCACAUAUACAUUAAAUCAUUUAAUAAAAGAAAGAUAUCCUACGUUUAUAGAUGCAUUAAGAGAUUUAGAUGAUCCUUUAUGUUUGAUAAGCUUAUUUUCAUGUUUCGCAGCCCAUAAAUCUUUAGGAGUAAAAAGAAAUAUAGUCGAAAAAUGUAUAAGAUUAUAACGAGAAUUCAAUUUAUAUAUAAUAAAAAGCCGAAGUUUAGAAAAAGUAUUUGUAUCAAUAAAAGGCAUAUAUUAUUAAGCAUAAAUAGAAGGUCAAAAAAUCACUUGGAUUUAACCUUUUUAACUCCCAGCUGAAUUACCUGUUGAAGUAGAUUAUAAAGUGAUGCUUACUUUUUUGGAAUUUUACGAAAUUUUGGUUAAAUUUGUUAAUUUUAAAUUAUUUAGUAAUUUAGGAAUUAAAUAUCCAAUAACUAUUAAUUAAAGUAUUGAAGACUAAUCUUAUUUUUCUUACUCAUCUUUUGUUUUGGAAACAAAAGAUUCCCAAUAAACACUCGAAUAAGUGGAAUAAGAAAAUCUUAAAUAUUAAAUAGACGAUAAAUUCGCAAAAGACGACAACAUUUAAAUCUUAUAAAAUGGAAAUUCAAACGAUAAAAAAGACCUUUUUACUAAUUGUGUAUUUUUCUUAUCUACAGAAGUACCUAGAUUAUCCUUAGAGUUCGUUAUUUUGGCUUUUGGAGGUAAAGUUUCAUGGAGUGGUUGCGAAAGCUUUCCUAUUACUUAAGAUGAUCCUUAAAUUACUCAUUUCAUUACUGAUAGAAAUCCUAAGUUUUUGAAAUUUUUAAAAAAUAGGGAAUAUGUCUAACCUUAAUGGAUAUAUGAUUCUGUUAAUAAUGCAGUUUUAUUACCUGUAGCUGAAUAUGGACCUGGAAAAAGUUUACCUUCUCAUUUAUCGCCUUUUGUGGAAUAUAAUGAUACUGAAUAUAAACCUUAAAGAUAAAAAGAUAUUGAAAAAUUAAAAGGUAUAGAAGUUUAAGAAGAAGAUGAAGAUAAUGAUAUUUAAGUUAAAAAUGACGAUGAUGAUGAUGAAGAAGAAGAAGAUUUUGAACCGAAUCAAAAAACUAUCGUCAAUAGUUAAUAAUUAGGUUCCAAUGAUGAAGAUGAUGAAGAAGACGAAGAUUAAGAAAUUAGUGAAGAUAAAGAAGAAAGUAAAGAAUAAGAUAGUGAAAUAUAAGAAGUUUAAGUCGAAGUUGAUUAAUCUGAAGAAGAAAAUGAAUAUGAUCAUUAAAAAGCAUUAAAAAAAAAACUUUGA